GGAACUAAACCUUUAUAAGCCUAGAUCGCGAUGCCCACCAUUAUUGAUGUGUCAGCAUUUUUCAAUGCUUCCUGGCUGGUUUAACAAAGGUCAUCCAUCCAUCAUCCAUUGAAAGGCUGAAUUCAAAGUACGGCAAGGCACCUGGGGAUAUCAAGAUCUUCCAUACGACCACACACACACACAUACACUACUUGGCUGGACAUCUUAUCUGGUCAGGUACAUUCUAUUCUACUGUAUGGAACAGCAUAAUAUAAAACCACACGGGGGAUAUAAGAAAAUAUAAGAGCAACUUGGCCAUAGGAAGAAACAUUAAAAGGGCCAAGAACUCUUUCCACAAAUACCCUCAGGCCUCUUUCCAUUUUCUUCUUAUAUCCUCGAUCUGUUCUCUUGUAUUGCUGGUGAAGCCAAAACCCCCCCUGCACUAUUAGAAGAACAUAUCCGUAUCCUUUUUCUCGUAUGCGAUAACGUGCAUACUCGGGUCUUGCAUGAAAACAUGGCGCCACCUGCUCAAGGACUCGCCGUAUACAAGAAAAAAGAUGGGACGUUGAGCAUAUCCAAAGACGAAAAGUCAAUUCAAUGGUUACCUUUGAAGGCGGAUGGAGGGGGAGCUACAGUGACUAUUGCGGUAGCAGAUAUUACCAAUUUGCAGCAGACACCCGAAACCGCUGCAAAGGUAAUGUUGAAAGUUUUUGAAAAGUCUGCGAAUUCCCCGGAAUCAGUGACCCAUCUUUUCCAUUUCAAUUCCCCUGCAAAUCCACGUGGGGAAGCGAAUGCUAUCAAAGAUGCCUUGACAAAUUUGAUUAGUGCAUUGAAAGCGGCGGAUUCAAAUGUGCCCAAUGCAAAUGGUUCUGGGCCUGCUUCGGCAGCCAUGGCAAUGGCAAGCGCCGUAGCAUCAAAGCCUGAUUCUGGGAAUGCCAGAUUUUAUGAUGAUGCUCAGUUAAAGACGGACAUCGAGUUGCAACAAUCACUUAUGAAGAAGGAUCCAGCAUUGCAACGAACCUAUAUGGAAGCAAGACGGACCAAGCCAGACACGAUAUCAGAUUCCCAGUUUAAUUCUCAAUUUUGGUCUGCACGAACAAACCUUUUGCGAGCUCAUGCAGUUGAAUCGAGCCAAAAAAGGGGUCCUUACAAUGUCUUGUCUGCCGUAAAACCACGUCAAGUCGAUGGAGAGCUGAAGAUGAAUAUCAGUGCGGAGCAAGUCCAACUAAUUUUCAGUCAACAUCCACUGGUCAAGAGAGUUUACGACGAAAAUGUCCCUAAACUCAAUGAGAUGGAUUUUUGGUCGAGGUUUUUCCUCAGUCGUCUAUUCAAAAAACUCAAGGGGGAGCGCAUUAGUGAACAAGAUAGUCUUGACCCUACUUUUGAUAGGUAUUUGAAUGCCAAUACUGACGAUGGACUCGAUCGAAGACUCCUAUCUACUCACAUUCCUCAUAUUAUCGAUCUUGAGGGCAAUGAAGAGAAUCAAGGGGGUAUCAGAGCAGGCAAUCGAAAGGACUUUACAAUGCGACCUGAAGCAUCAGGAAAAGUACCAAUUGUUCGAACCCUCAAUAGCUUGAGCGAGAAAAUCAUGGCUCAUGUUGCCCCAUCUGAUGUAGACCCCGCAGAUCCUAUCGGUAUGGAUGAGGAAACAUUCAAUUCUUUGGCAUUAAGAGAUCUUCAAGGCGAUGCAGAAGAGAACAGAAUCAUGCUCAACAUCAAAGAACAGAGCCAGUUUCUUUCAAGUGAAAAGUCUGCCAUAUCUGAAGAAGCCGCUCUCUAUGCAAAGCAAAUACCUUCUGAUGUUUUGCUUGGCCUGCAAUCUGAUCUCGACCUCACAUUAAUGGGCGCUGACUCCGCUGGCGGCUUAGACCUGCGGACAGCUAUCGGAGUCAAUGAAGAGAGCGACAGCGAGGAGGAGGAAGAGCAGAAGACUCGUCAUGUCGGUAGCAAAAGCAGUCUGAUGGAUGCCCAAAAACAAAUUUUUGAAGGCAUCGCGGCACGACGGACAGAAAUAGAUGGUUCCAAUACCACGUCAGCGUUAGCUGGUUUAUCGCAAAAGCUUUUUGACAGAUUGACACUGACACAUGCCACUACUGUCGAAUUCCUUCAUCAUUUCUGGCUUUUAUUCCUUUCAGGAGAUCCAGACCGAGCAGGUGAGCUUGCAAAGAUGGUUGAGACACUCGAUAGAGCCAUGGAUCGGAUUAAUGCAGUCGCGGCUGAUGCCGAACAUGAAAGAGAUGAGAUUAUCGAGAGACAGAAGGCACAUCUAAGGGAUGUUUGGGAGAAGACGGGGAAGAAAAUAAAGUGGAACCCUGAUUCCGUUGGUGGAGGCUCAAAAGUAGUCAGAGAGAUGAUGCAACCUACCAUUAAAACUUUAGAGAAGGCAUCUAGGGAAUAUCGAAAGGCGUUAGCGGCUGAAGGUGUUGAGGGAACUUAACAAUCAUCUUUUGUCUAGUCUUACCAUAGCGACGGCGUUUGAUUGGGAAGGAAUGGCACUGGCAUGUGAAAGUUGAUGGUUCCUUCCACAAUAGGGUCAACCUCUUCGUAAAGUUUAAUUUUCUAUACAUAAACAGUUACUAAAUUUUUGUUCGA